GAAAGCGCGUAAAUCGGUAGCUGGAGACGAGAGUGCCCUUGUUGCGCGGUUUGAACGGAGAAGUGUCUACCAGGACCAUAACCGGAGGCUUCAUAUUCGAGGCACUAGGAAGCUUUGGAUACGUGAAGCUGGAGGAGAACGCUGCCAUGUGUGCAUUGUUUUUAUUCUGUGGAAUUUUGCAGAAAUGCCAACAUCACGCAUUUGCGCCGUGGAGAACUUUAUAGACUAACGGGUUGCAUCUGAGCAAAUAAAAGUGCCAAAAGAGAUAAAGAAGAUAAAGUUAAUUGACCAAAAAUGUCCACGACGCACCUCAGCUCCCCGGCGCCUAACAGGAGCUACCUUUCCACGGCCACCUCCGAGGAGCCGGAUCCCUCAGAAGUGGAAAGACAAAUGCGCCUGCUGCUCUUCGGCUUGUGCGUAACCAUCGCCGCUGCCACCUUUGUCGGGGGUGUUUAUUCACUCCUGUCUCUCAUCCGGAUGAGGAGGAAAACCUCUCUGUGUCUCAUUGUGGCUUCCAUGUCCGUGGAUGACCUGCUCAGUGUGGUCCCUCUGUCCCUCUUCAUGCUCCUUCAGUGGGAAAGACACGGAGGCGCAGGGUCGGGGAGCUUGUGCACUUUAUCCGGACUUCUGUACGUGUUCCAGGGCGUUUCUAGCAAUAUGAAGGCUUGUCUUAUAGCAGCCUACACUUUUUAUGUCACCAAGAGGUUUGGAGUGCUUCAGUCCGUCCGUCGGCCCUUGAGAGUGGCGUGGGCUAUCGCCGGUGUGUGGGCGAUCAGCCUGACCGUGAGUGUGUUACCUCUGUGCGGAUGGGGCAGCUUUACGCCUGCCUCUCUUGGGUGUUUCCCAGAAAUCGAUAGUUUUUACAUCCUGCUGCUUUUCUCCUUAUACUCCCUUUGUUUCUGUGGCUUGCUGUUUUUCUUCAUCCCCCUCACCUACCAGCUGCUGUGCUCCAGAGAGCCCCAGCGGACUUUACUGUACCCGACUUAUCUGGACAUGGCCAGGGGACUGAGUGGCUCCUCUCACCUCUGUGACAUCCAGUCCUUCUCCCCGGACAGCAUGAAUAAAAGUUUCGGUGCCUACAAUGAGCUGAGUCCAAGUUCGUGCGGGACAGGGUCGGGGCUCAGGGAGAGAGAGGACAGUGGUUUGUCCCCGGUGUCCGUCAGCGGCCAGAGGACAGCCGCUGUAGGGGACACACCGGUGGUGUUUGCGCAAAAGCGCUUCUCCAUGAUCCUCGCGGUUGUUCGAGUUAUUUUAUGGAUGCCAAUGAUGACUUUGGUGCUAGUACGCCAUGCAGUGAAUGCACGCAGCUCCUCCCUGGAGACGUUGAGCUUCUUUCUCACUUUGCUCGCCCCAGCGGUCACCCCUGUGUUCGUGCUGUCUGAGCGCUGGAUCCACAUGCCAUGUGGUUGCUUCAUCAACUGCAAACGGGAUCCAACACAGGAGCCAUCAGUGAUGAAACGAAGACUUGAGUUUAAUCUCUCAUUCCAACAAGGAUAUGGAGUGUACAAGUUGUCCCAUGCCACUUUGUCUCAUCACAGUCCAUCCAUUGAGAGGCCACCCUAUCAUAGUCUUUUCAACUGUGAUUUCCCAAAUACUCGCCUUAAUGCACUAGAAAGUGGGGGUCUCUCCAGCUCGGGGCCCGACUUUGAGUUCAGCACCACGUGCCCGGUGGACAGCUCCUCUCACGCUGACCUUCUGUUAGAAGCAGAGGCCGGUGGGGGGGAGGCGUUGGCUGAUUGUCCUCCACUUCCCCAUGAGAAACAUGGAGACGGUAAUGACUUCCGCUGUGUCCCGCCACUGUCAUCUCAUCACCGGGAGCAAGAUCAUAAUUUCACUGAUGCGUCCUCAGUGUUUGAGGGACCGGAAAGGAGGCUAUCGCAUGAAGAGUGUCGGAAAAUCGAGCUGACAGACUGGGAGUGGUGCAGGAGUAAAUCAGAGAGAACACCCAGACAGCGGUCAUCAGGUGGUCUGUCCAUCCCACUGUGCGCCUUCCAGGGCACUGUAUCUCUACAAGCCCCCACUGGAAAGACCCUCUCUCUCUCUACAUAUGAGGUCAGCAGUGAUGGACUCAAAAUUUCCCCCAACAAUGCCAAAAAGGUGGAAGUGUAUCGUUCCAAAUCGGUCGGCCAUGAGCCCAGUGCAGAUGACCCGGCAUCAGGAGGAGGAGCUGGAGAUGUGAAUGUUAGCAAUGUUGGUAUAGGCAUGGAUUUAGGAAUGGGGAUGGGAAUAGUAUCGGCGGUGGGGGAUACUAAUGUGAAGAUCCACCUGGAAGUUCUGGAGAUCUGUGACAAUGAGGAAGCAAUGGACAGUGUCUCCAUCAUCUCCAACAUCAGUCAGUCCUCCACCCACGCCCGCUCGCCGUCCCUACGCUACUCACGCAGAGAAAACCGCUUCGUCUCUUGUGACCUGGGUGAAACUGCUUCGUAUUCUCUGCUCAUCCCCAGCAGUGGCAAUCCAGAAGCAGAGACCAUCAAUAUCACUAUACCUGACACUGUGGAGGCUCACCGGCAGAACAGCCGACGACAAACUCAAGAGAGCUCAGGGUAUCGUGAGGAGAUCCAGCUGCUAAAUGAAGCCUACAGAAAGCAGGCUGGGGAUGAGGAAAACUGACAUACAUAUGGGGUAAGACAGGGUGGCUCACUCUAGUGAAGAGAGGAAGAUAAAGAUGAAGCUCUGAGUGCAAAAUAUGAGAGACAGACUUCCUAAUCAUUUCACAUUUGCUUCGUUCUGAUCAUUGACUGAACUGACAGGUGACCCAAAUAGAGACUUAGUUAUACUGGUAUAUUAGUAUGUUUGCCUCCUCUUUUACUUCCUCUUCAGAUAACAUUUGACAGCAGCUCUAUUUAGAGUAUGUAGAGAUAGAUUAGGCUAGAAGAAGGGAAAGAGUCAUAAACUGGGGUAAACAAAAGUGAGACCGUGUCACAGGAGGCGAAGGGUGAGAGAGAGAAAGUAUUCCAGCAGAUCGUCUCUACUCCUGUCAAGACCUUCACCAUAUGGCAGACUGCCAUCGUAGAAUAGAUACAGCAAGAGAAAAAAAUCACCUAGACAUGGAAAAGGAGUGGCCAAGGUUUGGUCACAUGUCUAACAUGAAGAUGAAGACUACGUCACCAGUGACUCAGCUGUGAUGGGAGGGGUCACCUGACCCGUGUGUCUGACUCAUCCUAGUGUGUUGUUGUGCAUUUUUGAGUGUGACUGUGUUUCACCUACAAAACUGGCCUUUCUUAUGAGGAAAAAGGCUGAUUAGAUGAGUGCAAUGAUCUGAGGUAUCAGCUGCCAAUGUGUGCAUAUGUACCCGUAUAAAGAAUGUGUUGUUUAUUCUGUACCUAUUAUUUAAUUAUGGUAUGUAAAUGUAUGUCCAUUCCUUCCAUCCCUGCUGUGUGUCCACUAUGUAUUACACGAGUAAUGUUCAUGCUUUAAAAUGUGUGACAGGUCACUGAAAAUAUCAAAUAGAAGAAAAGAAAGAGGCAAGGCAAAGAGAAUGCAUGGGACUAUUGAAGAAGAGGGGAUUUUCAAGGAAUGACUGUGUGCAUAUUUGACUGUAGGCUGAAUAUGAAUGUAUAUUUCAGAGCCAUUUUGUGAAUCAAUUCUUGAGUGCUCAGUUCAGUGAGCUACCUGGGGCUCCAUUUCUAUUGCAUACAUGCAUAAAUUCAGGACUGGAAUCAAAUUUUCAUGAAUAGUAUUGUAACACUGUAUCACUCAAGUACCAGUUUUAACACUUACAAGGACUGUGAACAUCUAUCUUUUUUCUCUUUCACAAUAAUAUCAGUAUAUUAGUAUUAAUUAUAUGCACAGUUUUCAUGUAUGUGUGUAUCCGAACUGCAGUAACAAAGUAAAAAUAUGUAUUUAAGAGCAACUUUAGAAUAUGUAUUUAUUUGAGCUUCCUUUAUGAUGGUGUCUUAAUACAUAUGUUUGUUUACUUGUUUCACCUUCAACACAUCAUGUAUACUAGGUUGAAUUAAUUUACAGGGCUUUUGAACUGUGCAGUAACAAGCUCAUUUAAUCAGCUGCAACAUGCUAACUAUAUCCUCCUGACGGUUUUCAUUAAAAAUUCAUACAGGAAAAUUGCCUCAAACAAGACUGAGCUGCAUUUCUGCAUCUCCAAUCCUCUUGGGUAAAAUACAUAUAUGAGAAUAACGUACAGGUGAAUGAAUCAUGACUAAUGUAAAGAUGCAUUUAAAUUCUGUGCUUUCACAAUGAACAGAACGGUCUUAGCAGUUAAUGGUUUUCAGCUGAACAGAGCUUUGUCUCAGCAGCCUAGCAGAGUGAAAGUAAUUUGAUCAUCUGCAACUACGGUUCAUCUUCUGGUCAAGAAUUCUCCUAAACCAUAUUGAUCAAUAAAGCGCUAUUUGGUGUGUUUGUGAGAAUUAGCUUUAGAGGUUUUGGCAUGUUUGCUCAUUCAGUCACUCAGCUGUCUGCACUGACUGGGUGAGGUGCAAACACAUGAUACACUUGUUCCUUAUAAUGGAUAAAGCAAAUAAAGCAAUGUUAUUCACUAGUGACCUGGUUUUCAGCUAACAUUAAUGAGUACAUAUUGUGGAAAAUAGGGUUUUCAUUUCUUUUUGCAUCAUAAAA